AUGGCAAUUUCCCUGGCAUGUACCGACGUGGACCGCAUGUUCGGUGUCAUUGAAAUACUGGAGCAAUCCAUCGGUUACGUCGCCUUAGCUUACGGAUAUCUCACCGGCUGGUCGGGAAUCCUCCUCGUCGUCUACGACCUCGGCUACGUCCAUGGCCUCGCAGUUCUCUUCAAUGCUAGCGUUAAUGCUUGGCCCUUGGUCAUGACUCAUGAUCUCCAGCGCGGAAAAUUGGGCCGACCUAAUGGGUUUUAUUUGGACUUGCCCUCCGAUGUGCUUCACCCAACUAUUAUUGAAUUGGUGGCCGAGAAAUUGAUAACUGAUGCUCCAAAUUGUAGAAAUGAAGAGGAAGAAGUGAUGGGAACUGUCGGACAUUCGGAGAUUGAAAAGGCAUUUUCGAUGUUGAGAAAGGCAGAGGGGCUGUUGAUUGUGUUUGGAAAGGCGUUGCCAUUGCUGGGCGUUGCCAUUAAGCCAAAAAAAGUCGGUCGAAAGUACUGGAAUUCCAUUUUUACCAAAGCCAACGAAAAAGGGCUUGUUGCGCGGUACACAUGA